AUGAGCUCCCCAGAUGAGGUGUCUGUGUGGGGAACGGGUUUCGGCCCAGAGGGCGGGGAGCGGGCCGGCGUCCGCCCGGCCGGCCGCGCAGUUCCGCGGGGACCCGACCGCGGCGCCGAGCCCAGGAAGCCGCCGAGCGGCGGGGGCGGGAGCGGCUGCCGGGAUCCCAAGGGCUUCCAGUCAGAGCGGGAGAUGCUGGAAGCGGGAGGGCCGGUGCUGUGUGGCCGCGAAGGCCGACCUGGCUCCCCGGAUGACGACACGAGGGACCUCCUGGACCUGUUCGAGGAGUCUGCGGCGGGCACCACGCAGCAGCUGUACGACCGGGACGUGCUGAACUUCUGCAGAUACCCGUUGGAGGAGCCCUGCGCCUCCUUCGAAGUGUCCGCCGGCCUCGAGGCGGGUCCCGGCCGUCCAGGAGCGACCGCCCAGAGCUGUGGGGAAGCGCCGCCGGCUCUGGCCGGCCCUCUCCACCUCGGUGGGCCCGAAGCGGGCCGGGCCUGGAGGAAGCCUAAGAGAGCCACUAAGCGUAGGUUGAACGUGGCUGCGGAUCGCCAGCGGUUCUCCUAUGAAGGCCGGGCCCGGCAGCUAUCCGACUCCGAGUCCUCAGAUGAGUUCAGUGACACAAAGCGUAGGUUGAACGUGGCUGCGGAUCGCCAGCGGUUCUCCUAUGAAGCCCUGGGCCUGCUGCUAUCCGACUCCGAGUGCUCAGAUGAGUUCAGUGACACAGAGCUGAUGACGGUGAGUACUUACUCCGGAGGAGGAGGCCAGGCCGAGCCCAGCAGACCCGAGGAUCCCGGGGACACUCCCAGUCACUCGAAUUUCCAAGUCAGGGAGAAUUUCCUUCCCGUGACAGGCUCUUCCCUGUCCUCGGCUCUGCGAGGACUCUCUUCGGUUGUGGAAAGGCAGGGCGUGGGAGAGCAGGGCAUCUCUUCCCCUAAGAAAAUGCAGAGCGUGCUCUGGGGGAACGGGGGCAGCAAGCCCAGCUACCCGGGAGCUGCUGCUGCUGCUGCUACGGCAGGUGGCCUGCCGCAGGUCACUCCUAGGAAGAAGGGGACCCUGGAGAAGAAAUCCCUCGGGGGAGCCUCCACACUUGCCCUGGGGAAAAACUUCCCUUCCUGGGGGCAGCGAAUCUGGGCACCUCCGCUGGAACCGGCCACCUUCCCCCCAGUCUCUGGUAUUCCGCUGCUUGGGAGAUCCAAGAGGUAUACCUUGGUCCCUUCUGGAACCAAACAGGCCAAGCACACCAGCGCUGGGAAGAAAUCCGUGGUCACGUGGACAAGGGAGUCUGAGGCUGUGGCGGGAGAAGAUAAGGACCCAAAUAGAGACCCAGCCCCAAAGGGCCAACUGCCAGCUCACAAGCCAGGGACACCUUAUCUGCGCAUGCAUCGUGGAAAAGCCAGCAGUGGCGAGGUCGACACCAGAGGCCCCCAAGAUCCAGGAAACUCAGAGCCCUUGGCCCUGAACCAGGGAGAAGUCAUGCCCAGGGGGCCUGCCCCCUCAGGUGACUGGGAGCCACUUGACCAUCCCCCAAGACCGGAAACGCCGCAGCAGCCACUGGGAAUGCCGGGCUGUCCUUCGGUUGAGCCCAUCGUCUUCCUGCAGGAGGGGCAGCUGAGACAGUCAUUCCAGGUCUUGUGUCCCUGCAGACACUCUGGAGAGUGUGAAGCUAAGUACAGGCUGGAGACCACCAUCACAGGAACUCGCUUCCCAGUGCACACUAUGGAGGCCUCUAACCACAGUGUGCACACUGGGGGAAAAGUGAAACCAGAAGAGAAAUACUGCCCCAAGCCCUCAGGACCCGGCUAUAUCCCAGACCAAUGUGGAGACUGCCAUCACACCUGGGAGAAACCCAACUUCCUCAGGGCUCUUAACUCUGGCCCCUCAGGUCCCAACCCCACACCUGAAAGGGCAGUGAGGGCCAUUGAGCAGAGAAGCAGCCCCAGCUCACACCUUAUUCUGGCUCUAGCCCCUUCAACUCCAGACCUGUUUCCCACCCGGGCAGUGACUGCCACCACGCCCUAG